UAAAAAUAUACAGGCUAACAAAAGAGGGUUUAAUUAUGUAAACAGAUAGUCCAAGGAGGAUGCUUUAAGCUCUAAGUAACAGAACAACCAACCCAACCUGGCUUAAACAAUGAAAACUUCACUAACUCAUAUAAAAGAAGGUCAUGCGCUCUGCACAACAUCCUAGUGAAGCUUGAGCCAACAAGAAGACAUCACAAGCCCUCUGAACACAUGGCAGGAAGGAGGGAAAGGCACAGGCACAGGAUGUAUAGAAGAAGGAUGCAGAGUCUAUUCUUGAAGAAAUACUCAUUUCCCUUCAGAAUGAAGAGAAUUCCCGAGUAAGCUAUUAUAAGGAGUAAGCUGCUAAGGACCUGGGUUGGAUAAAAUGAUAUAAUAAAAUAAAAGAAUGAAAAAAAUAAUAAAAUGGCAGAAUGAGGUGAAAAGGGAAGAAUACAAAGCCAAGGAGUCACAUGAGAACCAGUUUGCAGAACAAAUACAUUAGAAGUAGCUAGGAACAGAGUAGUCAUAUCUGGAAAAUGAACUUACUGACAGGGCACAAGCUUGAGACAGCUCCAGUAAGUGCAGAAGAAAAGGAAAGAAAGGCUGAAGCAGGUAAAAAUGAUAGGUGUAGGAUUGGAUUUCCUGGAUGUGGAGCUGAGCUAGAAGGUUUUUUUUUUUUUUUUUUUUUGUUCACGUUCCUCUUGGCAUCAUGUAUUUGGUUGCAGAGAUUUGACUACUUUAGAUAUCACUCAUUUGGAAAUAUGUAAACACGGACAAAUUGGUGAAAAUGAAUGUUCAUGUUCUUCCUAGAAGAAUACCAAUGAGAUGAAAGUUAUAUUUAUAGCCUGAGAGACCAGGAAAAUUCCCCUUUGAAGCAAUUUGUUUCCUGGCAUUGAUACUGAAACUCCCCUCCCCUACCAUGUGAUGAUUUCCUGUGCUCUGCUGGAACUGGUCUUUUGCUAAAUGUAAGUACUGACCUGCUGAUCUUAGAGCAAGCACUUUGCUGCUUUUCCUACCACCAGAAACCACUGUGUAGGACAGGUUUUAUGGAGAAAAAAUUCUUUGUGUGCAUAUGUCCAAUAUCUGUGGUUAAUCAUUUACCUUUCCUACAUUUUAAAAAAUCUCUUAAGUAAGUCUGGGUGAUAGGUUAGCACGAAAGAAGAGCAAACAGAUCUACUAACAUUUACUGUCAUUGACUAGGAAAGUGAACUUUCAUUCUUUGCCAGCAAGUAUAGGCUUUAGAAUCUUUACAUUGCAAAUUGCUGUGGGGAGUAGACCGUAGAGCAGAAAUGGUUUGCUGGAAUGGACUUGUCAUGAAUUAUUCAUUCACUGUCUAGUUCCUUGGAAAUCAGCUGGAGGAAGUAGUUAGUCCAAUUUGAUCACAGCAGUGGUAUGCCAAGGGCUCCAGCAAGCCUUUACAAGUCCAGCUGCGCAGAUGUGUGUCUGCUGGCUGCUGUAGGGCGGCAGCUGCUGUGCAGAGGAACCCAGGAACAUGCUGCUGGGGAGAGCUGCACUGAGGACUCCCUGAUGCAUCUUGCUGGAAAAUGAAGCUUCAGAAUGAGAAGACUUUGGGACAUUCCAUGAGUCAUUCAAGUAACAUUUCUAAGGCUGGGGGUUCUUCGUUGGCGUCGGCUCCGGUGUCCACCUUCCCUCGCUCUUCUGUCACGCCGUCCAAUCAGGACAUCUGCAGUUCCAGGGCAGUGUGUUCUGAGUGUUGUCACCACAGUCCCGUGCAGUCUGCUGUUGUCUUGAAAGCUCCUCCAGGCCCGAGUUCUCUGACACAAGGGCUCACUGUGACAGUUAUCUGUAAAGACACAUUGUCUAAGAGAAAUUCCUGUGGUUCCGAAUGGGCCCAGGCCUUGAAGCCUGCUGACAAUACCAAAGCCAGAAGAACGCUAAAGUUCUCAAAAUCCCUGAACGAUGUGGGUGAGAAGGCCCAGGAUACUGUGGAAAGUUUUGACUACGUGGAGAGAACUUGCUCCGAAGGGAAAUUGAUCCUCCCUCCAGAUCCGGGUCUGAGAAUUAACAGGUUCCAUCAGAAGGAAAAAAGAGCACUGCAUCACAAACCUCUUGGCAAUUCCAAACAUUCUUGUGCUUCCUCCCUUUCUGCCCAUCGGUCAACUGCCUCAGAGGUGGACGCUGGCAAGGGGGGCAGGCAUGUCCCUCUUUUGGAAGAGAAAGCGGAUGGCGAUGCUGUGUCCCGGGGCCGGCGACUGCUCCAGUACCUGUUCUCGCUCUCACACGGCUCGAGUGCCAGCAGCCUGCACAGGUUCCAGGAGCUGGAGAGCCGUGCUGCCCACCUGCACACCACCAAGUCCUCUAGCGGGCUGGCAGGGAGCACGGGCUUCUACUCUGAUGAAAUGGGAGACGACGAUGUCUUUGAGGACAGCACAUCUGCAAAAUGGAAGAGCAAGGUCCUGCGGGCGCCCCUCUGCUCAGUGGAGAAGGACAGUGACCUGGAUUGUCCUUCUCCCCCCUCUGAAAAAUGCCCCCCCAUCUCUCCUGUGUCCACGUCAGGGGAUGCCUGCAGGAUCUGCCACUGUGAGGGGGACGACGAGAGCCCUCUGAUCACCCCCUGCCGCUGCACGGGGAGCCUGCACUUCGUGCAUCAGACGUGCCUGCAGCAGUGGAUCAAGAGCUCGGACACGCGCUGCUGUGAGCUCUGCAAGUACGAGUUCAUCAUGGAGGUCAAGCUGAAGCCUCUGAGAAAGUGGGAGAGGUUGCAGAUGACGGCCAGUGAGCGCAGGAAGAUCAUGUGCUCGGUGACGUUCCAUGUCAUCGCCAUCACCUGCGUGGUCUGGUCCUUGUAUGUGCUCAUUGACCGUACCACCGAGGAGAUCAAACACGGACAGGCAACAGGAAUCCUAGAGUGGCCCUUUUGGACUAAACUGGUGGUUGUGGCCAUCGGCUUUACCGGCGGACUUCUUUUUAUGUACGUUCAGUGCAAAGUGUACGUGCAAUUAUGGAAGAGACUCAAGGCUUAUAACAGAGUAAUCUAUGUUCAGAACUGUCCAGAAACAAGCAAAAAGAAUAUUUUUGAAAAGUCUGCGCUAGCAGAAGCCAACUUUGAAAAUAAAGAUGGACGUGGAAUCUGUCAUUCUGACACAAACUCUUCUUGUUGGACAGAACCUGAAGACACUGGAACAGAAAUCGUUCAUGUCUGAUUUUGUGGAGGAGUAGUUUUCCUAGGCAUCGAAGAACAGCUGAAGGAAAUUGUUUACUGCCAAUUGUGUACCUUUUCUUAUGUCCUUUAAUAGCAUAGACCGGGCAGGUGACUGUUUUAAUGGCUUCUCUUUUUCUAAACCCUCCUUAGUGAAUCUUCUGGAAAGCCCUCAUGUUGGCUUUGCAUGGCCGGGUUCCACUUCUGCCAGCAUUUGCAUGGGAAGAGAGGUCCCUGUGAUGCUCUAUGAUGGGUUGCUGGCUGUUCUGGCCCGUGAGCAGAAUGAGAGAAUAAAAUGCCAAACCCAAGGGAAGAGCAGGAGCAGGGUGGCACCCUGGCCUCGAAGCCUGGCCUCUCCCGGUUGGCAGCAGUCCCUACCCGGGCACAGAGUGUUUGGGAAUGUCUAGCCAUGAUGAGAGGAUUUCCCUCCUCCCUGAGAAGAGCGUGGGGAGCCGAGCCCCUCUGCCAGGGCUGCCACUGACCGUUUUCCUGAGCAGACGGGGCUGUAGUGCUCUCUGCAUGGUGGCGAGUGAUUCACUAAGCAAACAGCACUUUACAAAAAGAGAAUCUUUAUUUUGUAAUAUGUGUGCCCAGUGGGAUUGACAUUUAAAAGAACGUCUCAUUUAGAAGCCUUCCUUUCAUUAUCUCUUUUACAUUAUAAUAGAUCUAAAACCCUCUUUGCCUUAUAUAUUCUAAGAAACCUGACAUCUACUCUGUGUCCAUAAAAGGGACUUGUGGCUCUAAAGCAAGGACAAACAGAUCGGAGGCUUUUUCCUGACAUUUCAUGGGAAUUAGUGGAUGCCGCAUGGCAAUUUGAGCCUAAUUCUUGUGGUUUCAAGCCUAUUUUAUGACAAGUGUUUAUGUCACUGGCCUUCCCCAAACAUUUCUUUUUGGUCAACUUUGAAAAAGAAGGUUUUGUGAGAUCUAAACGAAAGGAAGCAAGCGAGUAAUUAGAACAAAACUGAAUAUUUAGAAACGACUCCUUUCCAGACAAACCUCUCCAGUUUGUGAGGCUUCACUGAAUGAGUAAGUGUGCACUGCCCUGGUCUGGGGCAUGGCCCCAGGGGGUGCUCCUUGGGUGCCUGCCACCUUGGACGGCUUCUGCUUCGGGGGAGGUUCUGUGGAUCGCUGGCCCAGGCAGAGAGACAGACGGGCUGGCUCUGGGACGAAGGCCAGGAGUGAGCAGCAAACUGCCAUGGCCCAUGGUCACUGCCCCCAGCCAUACCUCUACCCAUUUAUCGCCUUAACUGGACUGCACAGAGAGGAUUCUUGUGAUCAGUUCGUUCUGUCAUCAGGGAUUAUUUCCUGUACCAUUUUCAUAAGACAAAACCAAAAUCACUACCAUCAGAUGGCCUUUGUCCCUUUAAAAAGUCUGCUUAAAAUUCUAUUUUUAAAAAAUGAGUUUCACUUCACCAGGAAAAUAGGAGUCAACUCCAGGAAAACAGGCCAGGAGGGUCUGCAGUGUAACACGAGCGUGCCCGGGUACUUACUCUCCAGGCGACUCUGCAUGUAUAAGCCUCCUCUGAGGGGAAGGGUGCCCGGGGGUCCUGCCCUCAGUCCCCUGAACCUUAGCUGACUCUGCUGUCCUGCUAAGAGGAUGAAGCAAACACAAGACGAUCCCUUUGCCUUUCAGAGAGGAAGUGCUCUGGUUUGUUUUGAAAGCCUGGAGGAGGCUGAAGUGCAACUAAGCUCUGGGGGAGGGUAGCUUUGUCCUGCCGUCUCUUCCCAUCCUGUGUCUCAUUUGUUGGCAUCACGGACCCUGGUCUAAGGAGCUGUCCCAUUGUGGCCUUCCUCCGGUUAUCCCCUGAAAAAUAGGUCAGCCUGCUCGCUCUCUCCGCCUCCCAGGCCGCAUCCAGUCCAUGCCCGUGUUCACUGUGCCCCAAAGUGCAAUUACCCACACCCCUUCUCAGCCUGGGGAUGGCCGGUAGCUACACAGUAUCUCCACUCAGGGGAGCUGAGUCCUGGGCUGGCCCUACCUGUGCCCCUUAGGAGCUUCCCAGGGAAGGUCCCUUGUCCCUGCCCUCUUACAGCAGAUGAGCAGUCCUGUGAAGACUGGGAUUGAUUUUUAAGUGGGAUUCCUUCUCCUGUCCCUGAUGGAACCCCUUGCACUGAACUUGAAAGUCACUAGAUUUCUCGCAGAGAGGAAAGUGUGCUUAGGUAGGGACAGCCUCUGGGCAGCCCACCUGUCAUGGCUGGCACCCCCUAUGGCAGAGGUGCCUUUAUAACCCAUGACUGCUGUGUUGCUCCCGUGCCUGACCAAAUUCUCAUGUGAAACCCUCACUUCUUUUCAGGAAGGCCUAAUACCAUCUCAUCACCUCCACCAAGGUCCUAAAAAAAAGCCUUCUGCCUGGGGACGGUCCAUCCCACAUCUUUCUUUCCUCGCCUGGGAUGGCACACACAUGCUCCCUUGCCUUUCUCUUUUCUCGUAGGUUCUAGUUGAACACCUCUGACUCCAUUCUCAGUCUCUGCUCUAAUCACUAACCCCCAGAUAUGGACCCUGGAGGCCCAAGCUCUGGAAAGGUGGUGCUCUGCUGCCAUCUAGUGGGCGCAGCGGAUCUGCCAGGGGGUUCCUUUAGUUGUAGCACCUUGCCUUCGAGUUUUGGGGGGGGGUAUUUAUUCCCCAGUUUCCCCUUAUUCUGCACGUGGCUUUGGUGGGCGGACAACAGUUGGCUGAACCAGAAAUGUGGGAUGAGCUGGUGGUCUCAGGGCCUGGAGGCUGGUACUUGGGGGGCCAGGCCAGGAGGAGAGGGAAGUGGCUUCCUGGGUGUUGCCAGUCAGCCCUCUCUGAUUUGGCCUCUGUUCCCUCAAAAGUUGGCCUGAGGACUUCCAACUUUGGCUGCCAGCAGGAACUUAGUUUUUGCGCCAGAGUUGAUUUUAAGAAAUUCUGGAAACUAUCAAAGGCCUCUUCCAUCUCCUCCUUUUCUGCCUCAUUCCACUCUUUUCAGUCUUAUGGGUCUGCUCUUCAGCCAUGCUGGUGUGCCCCACCUGAUUGCAGACAUGCAGGCCACAGGCAGUGGGCCAGUUCCAGAGCCUCAGGUAGGGCCUGCACAGCUGGGGCUGCUGCUGCUGCCCGGUGGGUUGGCUGCAGGGCUGGAAGGGCCCUGGGAACCACAGGGCCAGGAGCCGUGAUGCUGUGCAUUUAGCCCGAGGCAAAGACACUUUUUGAAUACUUUCCCUUUUGAAUCUGAUUUGAAAUAUGCAGCUUCCCUCUCCAGCCCAAGGAAGGACUGGAACACAGGGAAGUAAAAGCAUUUAUCUUUGUUUUGGACAUAAUUAAGUUGUGCAGCUCUUCACCUAUUUACAGGCAAUGUUUAUAGAAAGCUGAUUGUUAAUAAAAACCAAAUUUACACUGGCAUGUGUGGUGUAGUUUCUAAAAGGCACUUCACAUUGGAAGAUUUUCUUAACUUGUGAAGUUUCUAGUUAUCUGAAUGUCUGGUUUUGUAUCCUUUUGUGUAUGUUCACUGUUUCUCAGUAUUACUUGAAUCAUUCUCUAGGGGGGUUGUUUGUGUUAUACAUGGGGGUCUAAUUGCAGCAAUAAAGCAUCUCUUUAACAAGGGA